AUGGCGUCGGUAGGAUCUUCAUCACCUACCAGACGCUUUCAGCAAACGGUAGAGGGGGAGGACAUGGAGGUGUUCGAAGCUGCUAAUAAGUUACAGGCAGAUGGAAAGAGUACUUUUCUGCCCCGUCACCUCUUGUCAAAGCUUUCGGAAAAUCAGAUAGUAACACUAUCUGGCGCAGCAUCCGGCUUUUUAGCUGGAGUUGCUGUCUGUCCUCUUGAUGUUGUCAAGACUAGACUUCAAGCGAAAGGAAACCUUGAACCUUCAGCUUCGCAUACUGCCAGCUAUGGUAAGUUUCUUGGUCAAUUCAAAACUAUUCUUACGGAAGAAGGCGUACGAGGACUAUACAGAGGACUCGUGCCAGUAGUAAUAGGGUAUUUACCAACAUGGACUAUUUACUUUACAGUCUACGAAAGAACAAAAGCUUUUUAUCCACAGUUCUUAGAUCAACACUUUGGUAUACGAGCUUACUCAGCAAUCCAUUUCUGUUCUGCAAUUACGGCUGGGAUGGUUUCUUCUAUUGCCAUUAAUCCCAUUUGGGUUGUCAAAACGAGGCUAAUGAUACAAACAGGAAAGGGUAAGACUAUCUACGAUAAGCAGAAUGCCUUACUGGGUUCUGCCAAAAGAACCUAUUAUAAAGGAACUCUCGAUGCAUUCAGGAAAAUGUACAAAGAAGAAGGCGUAGGCGUAUUUUAUAGCGGAUUAGUCCCAUCGAUAUUUGGAUUAGUACAUGUUGGAAUACAUUUCCCAGUAUAUGAAAAGUUGAAGCAGCUUUUAAAUUGCACAGACGCUGCCAAAUCAAAGGUUGCGGAUCAUAGGAGCCAGGUUAGCAUAUUAUGGAGAUUGAUAUUUGCGUCAUCAGUUUCCAAAAUGAUUGCAAGUACUAUAACAUAUCCUCAUGAAAUUUUGCGAACCAGACUUCAACUCCAGGCAUCUGAAGACAGUCCCUCUUCUGACAUGAAAAGGAAGCAUAAGAGUCAAAAUCAGGGAAAUAGGUUAAUUGAGUCCAUCGUUUCUAUAUAUCGUAAGGAAGGAUUCAAAGGCUUUUACACUGGCUAUGUCAUCAAUUUAAUCAGAACUGUGCCUGCUAGUGCUGUGACUCUCGUAAGCUUUGAGUAUUUUAAAAGCUAUUUACUCAAGCUUUCUAAUAGCUAA